ACCCCCUCCCUCCUGUCCUUCCUCCCUCCCUCCUCCCCCGUCCCCAAAGCGCCUGCAUCCAUCCCCUCUCCGCUCCAGACUUGUGCCUCUUUCCCUGCCCUGUCUGAUGCUCCGGGUGCUGGGGGCGUGCCAGUGGAUGGGGGUCUCAAGGCUCUGAGAAGAGGCCGGCUCUGGGGACACUGUCACCGCCACCCGCGGGGGAUGGCCUGGGCCCUGCCUGUCCAUGUGGAGUGACCGGAGGCGGGAUGACGGCCUGAAGGCGGCCGAAGCCCUCUCCCCUCGCUGGCCAAGUAUGGCAUUCUCCCAGUCCCACAUCAUGGCAGCUCGAAGGCACCAGCACAGCCGCCUCAUCAUCGAGGUGGACGAGUACAGCUCGAACCCCACACAGGCUUUCACCUUCUACAACAUUAACCAGGGACGCUUCCAGCCCCCACACGUGCAAAUGGUGGAUCCAGUCCCCCAUGAUGCCCCCAAGCCUCCAGGCUACACCCGCUUUGUUUGUGUCUCUGACACCCACUCCAGGACAGACCCCAUCCAGAUGCCCUAUGGAGAUGUUCUAAUCCAUGCUGGGGACUUCACGGAGCUGGGGCUCCCCAGCGAAGUCAAGAAAUUCAACGAGUGGCUAGGAAGCCUGCCUUACGAGUACAAGAUCGUGAUUGCCGGGAACCACGAGUUGACCUUCGACCAGGAGUUCAUGGCUGACUUGAUCAAGCAGGACUUUUACUAUUUCCCUUCCGUGUCCAAGCUGAAGCCAGAGAACUACGAGAACGUGCAGUCCCUGCUAACCAACUGCAUCUACCUUCAGGACUCGGAGGUGACUGUGCGGGGAUUCCGGAUCUAUGGCUCCCCAUGGCAACCCUGGUUCUAUGGCUGGGGCUUCAAUCUCCCUCGAGGCCAGGCUCUGUUAGAGAAAUGGAAUCUGAUCCCAGAAGGAAUAGACAUUCUUAUAACACACGGACCACCAUUGGGUUUUCUAGACUGGGUCCCCAAGAAGAUGCAGAGGGUGGGAUGUGUCGAGCUGCUGAACACGGUGCAGAGGCGAAUACAGCCCCGGCUCCAUGUCUUUGGACACAUUCACGAAGGGUACGGCGUCAUGGCAGAUGGGACGACUACAUACGUGAACGCGUCAGUGUGCACUGUGAACUACCAGCCUGUUAACCCUCCCAUAGUCAUCGAUUUGCCCACCCCCCGAAACUCCUGAUCGCUCCGGGGCCCCGGCUCAUCUUCCCCCACCCCCCGUCAGCAACUGUCUGUGCCUGGCUAAAGAUGGCAGAGCCUGGCUCUCCCCAGGAGUGCGCCCCUGCCACAUCUGUUUUUCUUCUACAUCAUCCCAUCUGGGGGAGGGGGCUUGGGCCCUGGAGGGAGCCACUCACCCCUGGGUCUAGGCCCACAGGCAGCUGGAAGGCCGUUCUGCGUGUAUGUUCUAUUUAAUCUGUUAAAGGACACCGCCUCAUGACGCCA